AGCGUGUAGGAAGCAGUCGAGCGCGGGAGAGAACGACGCCGUUCGUCAUUUCAUUCGUUCGCCAUUAGCCAUACGCGCAGUACGAGUUAUAUGUCCAGACCUGAAUAAAUAGUUGUUGAGUUAUAGAACCUCGUGUAUUUACUCUAAACGCUCCCACACAGGAAAUGGUUAUAGUAUAUCGGAUUUGGUGUACAUGCAUAUUCUGUCAUGUGCCAGUAAAGAAUGCCUCUUCCAUGGCUAAUAGUACUGAACUAUGUGUAUUACUGUUCUGCUUCCAGUUUCUAGACGUCAACCAGCCCGGACAGAUCGUCUCGAUACCAAGCACAUCGAGCCGUAGUCUACUGUCAAUUUGGAGAAAUCCAGGAGCGGAUCAUCUGAGGAGACCGACUGCCUGGAUCAGCCAUCGUCAUAAAGCAGCAGGAGCAUACGGUAGAACGAGAAGACAGCUGAUUGCAGUCCGAGGACCGUUAGCUGAUUGGAAAAGACAACCAACUGAAGAAAGCAACGACAUACGAGCGCAACUAAUAUUGAUAUUGAGUUUGACUCUACUUAUAACAAGCAUCGACUCAGUAACGGAACCAUGCACGAUCAACAAAUUUUUACACAACCCUGGAAUAUAUUUUGAAGAAUUAGGCAAACUACAAACAUGCGGUAACACCUGGAAACUAGCUCUACAUCUGAAUACGACAUCACUAGCUGCACGUCAAAUUCGACUACAAAACGCCCUAACAGCAGCAACUAGAAGCUGUUUAAAUAACGAAUAUCAUAAACUGCAUACAUUUUGUAAACAAUUUGCUACAACACAUCAAAAAGAACUUGAACGUAUCUCUUUAAACCUAAAGUACGUGGAACAAAUAACAGGCAACGCGCGGACCCGCCGGGGUCUGAUAAACGGCAUAGGUUACCUUGCAAAAACCUUAUUCGGUACUAUGGAUGCAGAAGACCGAACGACAAUUGAUAGACAAAUACGACUACUCACACAGGAAGGGGCCGCUCUAAAAACCUCGGCGAUUGAAGAAACGCAAGUCAUUAACGCAAAUAUUAAAUUAUUCAAUGAAUCGGUUGAAAAUAUAAACAAAAACGAAAAAAUGUUAUUCGAUAGCACGAACACACUUAAACCACUGUUACAAACAGAGACCGACAGACAACACAUCACAACCGCAAUAGACGAAAACGCAAUUAUUCUAGGGAAUAUCAUAAGAAACCUAGUGGAAGAUGCGAAUGAUCUGUUAGAAUUUACACUAGAUAUAAAAAGGGGUAUACUUAACCCCACAGUUAUAUCACCAGCACAAAUCUCAGAAUGGCUACAAGCAGCUAUCCCGCAGCUUCCACCAGGUUUAACCCUUUCGGUACGGGCGCUCUGUCCGCCAUGAUACCCCCGCUGUACGAGCUGCCGCGCCGAAAAUAUGCUUAUAACGAACUGUCUUGAUUCGGCCGAAAGGUAUCGUAUAACACACUGUCAGUCUACCUUCCUAUGAACAUUUUCCUAACCGUUAAAUAACAACUGUGCUUAAUAAAACAAUGUUUUUUCCAACAAAUGUCGGUUGUUGCUUGAAUAUUAAAAAUUAUUUAUACAAAGUUUUAUUAAUUAUAAUUAAAAUCUAUACA